ACAACUAAUUAUUUUAAAAUAUACAUAUUUUUUUUAAUUAAAAUAUCCACAACACUGUAAAUUAAAAUAAUUAUUUGAUUACAAAGAGAUUAAAGUACAGUACAACGACUGGAUCUGUCAUAAGUCGUGACGUCAUUCCAGGUGAUAAAACAACAAAAAUAUAAACAGUUCGAUGCGACUCGAUGCUAAGAAUAAAAGUUAGUGGGCAGAGGAGUGAAAAUGUUGCUUCUGCUGGUUUUAAUACAAAUUGUUGUAGUUUCGUGUCAGCUUCUGGUUCAACCGGAGCAAGUUCAUCUGAAUUAUGGAGUUAAACCAUCAGAGAUGAUUGUGACUUGGGUAACUAUGAAUUCAACAAAUGAUUCAAUAGUAGAAUAUGGUGAUAUGAAAUUAGAUAAAAGAGCAAAAGGAAUGAUGACAAAAUUUGUUGAUGGUGGAUCAGAAAAAAGAGUCCUUUAUAUUCAUAGAGUUCUUCUGACUAAUUUAUUACCAAAUCAUACUUAUGUUUAUCAUUGUGGAAGUAAUAUGGGAUGGAGUUCAAUAUUUUGGUUUACAACUAUGAAAGAAGGUACAAACUGGAGUCCAAAAUUUGCAGUUUUUGGAGAUAUGGGUAAUAUAAAUGCUCAGUCUUUGCCAAGACUUCAAGAAGAUACACAAAAAGGAAUGUAUGAUGCAAUAUUACAUGUUGGUGAUUUUGCCUAUGAUAUGGAUUCAAAUAAUGCAAGAACUGGAGAUGAGUUUAUGAGGCAAAUAGAACCAAUUGCAGCAUACGUUCCUUACAUGACAUGUGUUGGUAAUCAUGAAAAUGCAUACAAUUUUUCUAAUUAUGUAAAUAGAUUUAGUAUGUUGGAGAAAACAGGAAAAAUGAAUAAUCAUUUUUAUAGUUUUGAUAUUGGUUCUGCUCAUAUUAUAGCUUUGUCAACUGAAUUUUAUUUCUACUUAGAAUAUGGCUGGAAACAAGUAAUUAAUCAAUACAAAUGGCUAGAGAAUGAUUUAAAGGAAGCAACUAAACCAGAAAAUAGAGCCAAGCGACCAUGGAUAAUAACAAUGGGUCAUCGUCCAAUGUAUUGCAGUAGUGAUGAUGGUGAUGAUUGUACACAUAAAGAAAGCAUUAUGGAAUCAAUACAAGAUCUGAUUCAACACCUUUAA